UCUCCUCUCUCUCUCUCUCUCUCUCUCUCUCUCUCUCUCCAAACAAUUCAACAACACAAGAACCUCUCCAUUCUAACCAGCAAAACAGAGUCCUCUGCUUUUCCCCUGUUUCUCAAACAUCACAAAACCAGCAAGACCCUUUUUCAUUCUAACCCCAAGAAACUCAUCUCCAUUCUUUGUCUUCCGCUCUCUCCUUUCAUUUCUUUUUUCUACCAAAAAUUUUAAGUCCCCAUUUCUAAUUUUACAUGGCGACAAUUGUGUGUCAAGGUUUGCAGUCAUGCCUAGACUCUCAUCUUGUGGAGCCAAGGACACUGAGACUGAAGUUCUCUGCACCAGUAGCUCAUUACUUCUCCCCAAAUCCUGGAGUUAAAUCUUGGUUUCCAGAGGCUAACUAUAUAGAAGAGCCAAGGGAAGAGAAAUGCCAUUAUGAGGAGCCCUACAUCAAUAAGCCUGUUGAUGUCCAUGACAAUAACAAGGCCACCUCCAAAACCUCUGAUUUGGGUGGCUGGAGCUUCCUCCAAGCUGUCUCCAAUAUCUCACAGCAAGACCCUCAUAAGGGGGACAAAGAAAAUAUGUACAUCCCUCCACAGGUUUAUAAGACCCCAUCAGCUACUAAGCUGACUGAGAAGAGCUUGGAAUUGUGCACUGAAGACCUGGGCAGUGAGACUGGCACCAUCAUCACAGAAGACAACAUUUUCUCAUCAGAUUCUGAGGCAGAAGCAAAAGGCAAGAAUGUGAUGCCCAGGGAGCAACAAAAACAGCGGCAAUUUUCGGGUGGAAAGAAGGGUAAUGUUGUUCAUAGCUUUCCACCUCCCUUGACAACGAUAAGCGGCUCGGAUUCUAUCCAGGUUAGACCCCACAGGGAAGAUGGGAGGCUCAUAAUGAAGGCUGUCAAGGCCCCAACUACUCAAUCAUGUUUCCAAGCUGAAAGGAGCAAUGGCCGCCUUCGAUUAUGCUUUUCAAAACACUUUGCUCCUAAUUUUGACUCCGACGAAAUUGCCACUCAAGAUGACAAUGAAGGAUGUGAAAAUGACAGGAGUGAGGAAGAAGAAGAAGCAGAACAGCAAGACCAAGAAGUAGUGGGAGAAAAUAAAGAAGAAGAUUUUCUAGAACAAUUAGAAGGUGAUGAUGAUGAAAGUGAAAAAUGUGUGUGUUUGAUUGAAGCUGAGGAGGUGGAUGGCAAUAGUUUGAAGGUUGGGGGUGAUGAGGGAAUGGACAAGUUUGGAAGGCCAAGCAGGUGCAAAGAAGGUGGUGAGCAUGAGAAGAAAGGGUUAUUAAACUGGGAGCCUUUUUGGGUGGCUACUUAAAUCUAUCAUUAAAGCUUUAAUUAAUUAUAAUAUUGGAUCUCUUCAGCUGUUAUCAGAAUUUCUCCAUUUUGUGUUUGUGUUUGUCUCUUUUUGUCCCUUUUUUAUUCUGCAAA